CCCUUGGGUCUCCUCCACCGCGUCCAACCUCUGAGGAUGACCCUGGUGACCAUUCUGACAUUUCAUCAGAAAGCCUUUACAGUACCUACGCCAUCAUUCAUCUUCAUUUUAUUAGGUUAUGAUUGGAGACAUAGCUGAGCUCAUCUUUUGGGAUAGUGUGCUGACUUCGAGUGAAGUCCAUGAGGUAGCUACUUGCAGUAAUAUUGAUAAACGGGAAUUCUUCCACUCAGAUCAUGCACAAUUUGAGAAUUCUGACGCACAAGAAGAAUGGCAAAAUAUAUCGACGCUAUGCAGGAAAUCAGAUAAGUACUUCGUUAUACUUCCUGAGCAACGUAGUUUCCAAAGAACAGUUGAAAUCUGCAAACUUCUGAAUCAUUCCAUCGCUGUUCCAGUGGAUGCAGAAGAGAAUCGUGCUCUCACACAAGCUCUUCUGGACUUUCAAGACGCUAGUACCUCAGGAAGAGGCGCUAAGCUCUGGCUAGGUCUAAAAAAUGAAUGUGAGGGUAAUGUUUGGCGAGAUGUGUCUACAAAUACGGUAAUAUCAUACUUGAAUUUUGCCCUAUCUUUUCCAUCAGGAGGUAGUUCGUUUGAUUGUGCAGUCCUGACCACAAAGGGUCAUUAUAACGAUGAGAGUUGCUCCAAACUAUCAAAGAACUAUGGUGCUUGUCAUGCACACAGAUAUAAUUUCUUGCGUCUGAGAGGCUUGUGCUUUGAACAUGAACUUCAUUCAAGAUUUCGUAUUGAUGGUCAUCACAACAAUCGUCCUGUUUUUCUGAAUUACUAUGAUCUAGCAAUAGUAUGGGACAAUAGUUCUACAAGUUGGAAGCUAAUGAGUGCCAUAGAACAAAUAACAUAUAUGGAAAUGGUGACGAUGUCUGCCAGGCAAUAUCCUGUUGGGCAAAAUACGUGGAUCGUUGAGAACGAAAUGUGUGGCAAAGCAAAAGGCCAAGCCCUAGAACUUAGUUUAUCCUCCUGUCUAGAGAAUACAUUCAUGUGUAAAUCUGGCCAUUGCAUUCCUCAGGAACUGCGUUGCAACUUGCGUACUGAAUGUGAUGAUGGCAGUGGUGAGCAAGGGUGCAAUCGGAUUCUCAUUGAUGACCUGUAUCAGAAAAAUAUUCCUCCAACAGGUCCAGGAGGAGCGCCACUGCGGUUGAGCACAAAAAUCCAGUUGUCUCGCAUUACUCAAGUAGAUGACAUGAAUAUGGCAAUUACCUUAGAAUUCAGGGUCAAUCUGACAUGGGUUGAUCCCAGAGUGACCUUGAAACAUUUAGGGAAAACUGCGAGAGGAACCACCUUGACGAGCGAAGAAGCCGACAGCAUUUGGAGGCCUACUUAUCAACUGUUAAACAUAGAAAAUGGCAGGAAGGAACUAUUGGAGAGCCACUUGACCAUCUUAACCACAAAUAAUGCUACAGAAGUUGAUUUCAACAAUCUGGCAAUGGAACUGACGUACCCAGGUUCUGAAAACGCUUUUACAAUCACUGACCAUUACACAGCAAGGUUUGUGUGUGGCUUCAGACUAUUUGGAUAUCCUUUUGAUAUCCAGAAGUGUUCAAUUGGCAUCCAGUUGGCAGCCAUUUACGGAGGUUACGUGGUAUUUUCUCCUAAAGAGGAUUCGUUCCAAUACUCAGGACCCGGAGAGCUCAGCCUGUAUUCAGUGACGGAUGUCUCGGGAAGAAUCCGUGACGACAAUAACAGGAUGGAACUGGUUUUCAAGCUUCAGCGUCGACCGGGCUACAUCCUGUUAACUGCUUUCGUUCCCUCAACCCUAUUGCUGCUCGUCAGUUGGGCGACUCUCUUCUUUCAGCUGGAGCAAGUUACAGCCAGGGCGACGACUGCCUUGACAACCCUUCUCAUUCUUUACACCCUGUUCUCUAACACGAGUAGAUCCUUGCCAGUGACGGCAGAAAUGAAACUCUUUGACUUCUGGUUCUUCUUCAUCAAAUUCAUGCUGUUCGUUAACAUCUUGCUACACAUAUUCGUCCGGGACGAGGUGUCCAUUGCCGUUGAGCCAAUAUCGAGAAAAGGGGCUUUCUCAAAGACAAGGUUGAUCGUGAAAGACCAGCUCUGUGUUGUCAGGGUGUUUUCUCCAUUUCAGUAUCAUAUUCCGCAUAGAGUCCUAAGACUGUAUAGGUCCAUAAUUAUUCCUAUUAUCAUAAUAACCUUUAACAUAACUUUCUGGAUAGCAGUGGGUGUUGUGCGGCAUUACUUGGCGACACAUUAGGGUUGUUCCGCACCAUUAUGAAAUUAUUGCAUUUUGUAUUGAUAAUUAAUGAUAAUGAAUUUCUACUUAAACAUGUUUUUCAAACAUUGGUUCUGUUAUACAUUUUGCUAAAAUCAUUGCAUUCAGUUUGUUAUUAAUGCCAAGGACUGACAAGUUUUUGAGUUGACACAGGCGCUCGUUCACUGGUUUAGCAUCCCCUGCAUAAUGUUUCUCUUUUGAUAAAUCAUAAUAAAAACUAAAUAUUCAGAAAUCUGUCUCCCCUACUGUUUGGAUGGUUCAUGUGCAAUUAAUUCAUUCGUCGGAUGUACGUAGUUUGCAAACUAAAACCCUGCCCAUUUAUUACUGAUUUAGUGGUAUUAUAUGAUACAUAAAGUAUUGCUUUUCUGUGUAUGUGGGCCUGAACUGUGCCGUGUGGGUCCUCUUGACCUUGCAAUCUAAGUAAUCCGGAGUAAAUGUAUAUAAUGAGACUUGGUUAAGCAAGUAUAUCAAGUCAUUAUUGUGUUCAGUGCGACCAUGUGUAACUACUGCUGCUUGAGUAUUACGUUCUCUUAGCAUAAAUAAACAGCACAAGACAUGAUAGACUAUACUACACUGAUAUAAGGAACUGUUCGAGUAAUCAUUACGCUAUGGCUUGUAUUGCUGAUAACUUAGUGAGUUGAGUUAGGUGAGUGAACUCUUAAGUGAAGGAGAGGAUUUGUAUAAAACACAAAAGAAAGCAGAAACAAUUAUUAUACACCUUGGGGGUUUUGAAUGAACUAACCCAUGGUACAGAAGAUGGGAAAUGCUUGAUAGCAUGUAUCUUUCAAUGGAGAAAGCUGGAUAUUAUGGCACCAGGGAAGACAAAGGCGAAAGGCCAACGCUUUCAGAAAUGAGAAGGACGGAGAAUGAUCAUGUCUGGGGGAGUUUGAGUGUAUCAAGGAGACACUGGAGGCGGGUGAGAAACAAGUGUGAUGUAUGGAUGAAUGCUUUCACAAGAAGUUGUAGCAAAGAGUGUAAGAUUAUUCAAAGAGAGCAUUUUUAGGAGUCUGAAUCUAUGUCAUGCUGGGUUUGGAGAACCUGAAAGGGUCAAGUGUAAUACUUCUAGGUGAUUUGCAUGCAGAAUUAGAUGAUACAGAAAGAUAGGGUGUUCUGGGCAGCACAUUUAGUUCCUGGAGUUAAUGAGGAUAUGUAGUGACAGUGCUGUGGAGGUGUCUGAGGGAAAGAGAGUGUCUGAUAACUGUGCAUGAUUUGUGAAGAAAAAUGUUGAUAAAUAAACUUUGAAAAGAGAAAAUGGCGCGGAUGAGAUUUCACCAAAUCAAGUGUAUGUACAAAUCAGAUGGAAAAGCAGGUUAAUGGAUGCAGUAGUGGAAAGAAGAGUAGCUGGAGGUUAGUUGAGCAUUAUCUGGUAAAAGUGAAAUUCACACCAGACGGAAUGGGAGUUGAAGAGGAAGUGGAACGAAUCUAGCUGCAAGGGUCAUCUAGUGAGUUGGAUCAGAGAGAAGUAAGUUGAUUCGCAUUGUAUAGUUACAAAAAAAAAAACUAUUGUACGUUACUUACGUGUGUGAAUUUCGCUGUUUUAGUUUACUGAAUAUUCGUUGAGCAUCUGAAGUGGGUUUUUUUUUCCCCUACAAAUAUUGGCAUGUUAAGUAUAAAUAAAGCGUUCAUGAGGUUUCUUAAGCGGCCCUAACCUUUGCAUGGUAUUCAUUCCAGUCGUCUGCUAAAUAAAUAGAUAAUUCAUAUAUUCAUUUGAUUUAGCCUUUUACUUCACCUCCGUUUCCACUUCCUCUCCUUUUUUUUAUUUUGCUGUCCAACCGCUCUAACUGCCCUUGGUCAUCUACUAUGAGGCAUCAUCUUUUAUUUUCCGUUUUAGUUCUUAUUUGCGUUGGUGUAUAUAUAUGUAAUUUUCUCAUAUAUUAUUGUAAUUAUUUAUGGAAGUAAAAUUUGAUUUCUUUGACGAU